AAAAUACCCAUUUGACUCAAAUGUCACUAUAGGCUGCCGUAGCAGACCCGCUUGGCUGCCAACGGUCUUGGCCCGACUGGGUAGUAGGUCCUGGCUUAGUUAUAUAAAAAAAGUCUCUUGUUGCCGCAAGCAGACACGGCCAGUCAGUCACACUACUGAUAUCAUUCGAGUCAGUAUCACGCCGAACGAAAUUUUUUUUCUCGUGCUUUCCUUUCUCCUAGAGAUCGUUUGACAUGGUUGAUUAAUUGUUGAAAACCAUUUACUUUCGUGUGCUCGUUCCCCUUGCAAUCCAACCUGUUUCCAUUUGCUGCUUUAUUUUUUCGGCGUAUAUUUAGCUCGGCGGUGCCGAAUCGGCAAUGACCAGCAAAUUCCUGAUGACUCGACCCAAUAUGCUCUCACGACAAGCCACCCAGUUGUCGCCAGUAGCCCGCAGAUCCGUUACAGCUCUGUCGAUACGGCCUGGUCACUAUGUUCAGCCAUUGAGGCAUACUUCUCUGUCCAAACCAGUCCUCCAACGGUCAUUCCGAAGAGCUUACGCAACUGUGCCAAUUCCUCCGCCUCCGCCUCAGCAGCCGAAGCCGAAGCGGAGGUUCAGAGGUUUGAGAUGGAUGUACAGAUUGCCAUUGCUCUCUCUGUUGGCUGGUGCAAGCUCUCUGGGAUACAGUAUCUACUUGCUCCGGAAUCCAGAUGAACAAAUACAGCCUGAUCCAUCGAAGAAAACACUGGUUAUUCUAGGAACCGGAUGGGGAGCUGUAUCCCUGCUAAAAAGAUUGGACACGGAAAACUACAAUGUUAUCGUCAUCUCGCCGCGGAACUUCUUCCUCUUUACCCCGCUUCUCCCGUCGUGUACAACCGGUUUAAUCGAGCAUCGCUCAAUUAUGGAACCAAUAAGGAACAUUCUGCGCCAUAAGAAAGCUGCAGUAAAGUACUACGAAGCUAGCGCUACAAAGAUUGACCCCGAGAAGAGGGUGGUGCGCAUCAGUGAUGUAUCGGAGAUCAGAGGUGAUACGUCAACAACGGAAGUUCCAUACGAUAUGCUAGUAGUUGGAGUUGGAGCGGAGAAUUCUACUUUUGGUAUCCCAGGUGUUCGGGAGCAUUCGUGUUUCCUAAAGGAGGUUGGUGAUGCUCAGGAAAUCCGAAAGAGGAUUAUGGACUGCGUGGAGACUGCGAUUUUCAAGGACCAAACCAAGGAGGAGGUCAAGAGACUCCUUCAUAUGGUAGUAGUUGGAGGUGGCCCAACUGGAGUUGAGUUCGCCGGUGAACUGCAGGACUUUUUCAAUGACGACCUCAAGAAGUGGGUGCCGGAGAUAACAGAUAACUUCAAAGUCACACUCGUGGAGGCCCUUCCAAAUGUUCUUCCCACCUUCUCCAAGCAGCUGAUUGACUAUACCGAAUCCACCUUCAAGGAAGAAGCCAUCACAAUCCGGACGAAGACUAUGGUGAAGAAGGUCUCUGAUAAAUACAUCGAAGCAGAAAGUACUAACCCAGAUGGAACUAAGGAAAUGGAGACUAUCCCUUAUGGCCUCCUUGUCUGGGCUACAGGUAACACCGUUCGUGGUGUUGUCCGCGACCUAAUGAGCCAAAUACCAGCACAAAAGAACUCGCGCCGUGGCCUUGCAGUCAACGAAUAUCUUGUCGUGAACGGAACGGAGAACAUCUGGGCCGUGGGCGACUGUGCUGUGACAAAUUAUGCGCCAACAGCCCAGGUGGCUAGUCAAGAGGGCGCGUUCCUUGCCCGUCUUUUCAACACCAUGGCCAAGACCGCAGCUAUCGAAGAUGAAUUAAAGGCUCUCUCCAAAGCACAGGCGGAGGCGCCAACCGAAGAAGAGCGCAACAAAGUCCUGGAUGAGAUUAGGAAUUUACAGAGAACCCUGCGGAGAACUAAGCAGAUUGGGCCCUUCCAAUAUUCUCAUCAAGGAAGCCUUGCAUAUAUCGGCAAGGAGCGUGCUGUAGCGGAUGUCAGCUGGUUGAGCGGAAAUAUCGCCAGUGGUGGAACUCUUACCUAUCUCUUCUGGCGGAGCGUCUAUCUGAGCAUGUGCUUCAGCACUCGCAACCGAGUCCUGGUCGCGUUUGACUGGAUAAAGGCGAAGAUGUUCGGCCGUGAUGUCUCCCGAGAAUAAAUUCUCACUUCGAUAGAAGAAACUGAGCCUUUUCAGCGUCGAGCCUUCCAACCAAAUAUGUCCAUCAAAACUGCCUUAGCGCGAGCGCAGUGGAUGGAUAUCAACCUAACUUUAUUGACAUAGCUCCCCGCCAGUAAUAUACGGAUGUGCUCCCCAUCAUCUACCAAGUCUCUUCUACCGCAGUAACCAUGAAACGCUUUUACAUAUCCAAAAUGCGAAAUAGACUGCACAACACGGAAUCCAGCGUCCAACUAUAGAUUUCUGCCCCUUUUCUCUGACUCCCGCAGGAUUUGCGCUUCACUUUGAUGCUCCCUGCCAGUUUUCUUUUUCUUUUUUCUUUUUCAUUUACAUAUUUCCCAUCUAUCUCUAUUGUCCCACCAACCAUAGACCGCGUCUUUUUAUUUUUACCUUUUUUCCCCCUUUUAAUGUCUCCUGGCGUCCCGUAUCAUAAAAGCCUUCUUGUAUUCUGUAACUUUUUAUUGUUCCCUCCUUUAGUAGGCGCUUUUCUGUUUUCUUGAGCUUUACAGGUUUGUAUCUUCUACUAUGCUGGGCAAUUUACCCGUCUCCUUAAUCCUAUUUCCCGAUGAUAUACUAAUUAUACUCUUUCUAAUAAUGUCUCGGUAUUCCGCAGAGUAUGACUUUCCUCCUCGACUCAGUUUCAUGAUUGCAGUCCCCCUUGAGAAACGGCCCAUUUUUACUAUGAUAUCGAUAUAGAUUUCCCUCCGUCUUCCUCCUUUUCUGGCUUUGAAUUAUCAUAUUAGGUGUCUCUUAUGGGCAAAGUCUAUUUUGUUCAUUACGAUCAAUAGGAGUUCAAACAAGUUGACUGGGACUUCAUCUUAGUGCAAAAACUAGCCUUUCAUCUCUGAAUUGUGACGCAUUUCAACUACUCCUGUAUCAUGGCCCCCCUUGCCCUUGCUUCAACGCGAUUGGGAGAAUUACUAAGUAACGCUUCUCCUAGAUCCAAAAUAUUACUUCCCAUCCCAGUAUGUACAUACAAUUACGCCUAUGAUUAUCCAGACCACGUACUCGCACGCAGCUGCUUCCGUUCCCCUGCGGUUGGGGGUACGAAGCACAGGAGUACUGGCAGAGCAAGAGACCAUUUGCUUUUUUAUCCGCUCUUACACUUCAAGGAAUGGCCGUGGCUCCAUUCUUCGAGUUAGGUUCUUCGAACUGUGCACAACAGGAGAAAACAGGUGGUAUUAGACAGCUUCGAUCUCAUGACGGGGCACUCCUCUUCUUCUCCCUCCGCCUCCUCCUCCUCCUGACCUUCUUUUUCCAUCUCUCUCCCGUAACUCGAAACAGCAGUGUUACAAGAUUGGGGGAUACAAAAUAUGAGAUUGGACACUCUACAGUUUUAUGUAACCACUCUCCCUCACUCGCAUCUUCCCACGCCGCGUAGUGUGCCAUUGGAUAUAGAUCUGUUCGCGCAAGGAGGUAGAGGUUGAAUAUGACGAGCACCAGAGUAAUAGUAACAGUUACGCAGAUGAUUGUUUUGGGUGCGUCACUCAUGCUCGCGGUGCCUUGCGUCGCUGCUGGUGCUGCCCGUGUGCAUUGGCCAUGUAUAAAUCCAAUAAGUUAAGGACGCAUGAGGAUUAUUUGCCGCAGAGGGAUUGACGAAGAGGAUAGGAAGUUGAGUAGUGAGAGGGUAGAGGGAUGAUGCGAUUACGGCAUAAUGACAUCCCUCCCCCGCAUCCAUUAUCCUCAAGUUUUAGGCUUUGUGGAUUCCAGGGAACUAGAUUUAAGAGAGACUUUAGAUUUGUGGCUGGGAAGAAGAAUCAGCCAGCUUGAAUUUGUCUGGCCUUUGAGAGUAGUUUGUUUGCUUUUGUAUUGGGC